UGCUAAUGAUACCUUACUAAAAAAGACUCCCUCUUGUAGUUCUUGUAGAUAUAGUAUGAUGGAUCCUUUUCCUGCUGGCUGGAGUGACAUUUUUGAAGAAAUGCUUCCUCGUAAUGAGUGUGAUAUAUGCAGACCUCCAUUAGAUAUUGGUCCACCUCCACCUCUCCCUGCCAGCUUUCAAGAUAAAGCCAUUUUGUCUGGCAGUUGCAAUGUCUGCAGUGUUCUAUCAGAUGUUGAAAUCAGACCAAUACAUGUAACAGAUGCUUCAUUGCUACCAGUUGCUGCCACUUUUGUAGUUGGAAUUCUGUUUGUGCUUUUGACACUUAUUGUAUUGCUGUUCAAGAUUAAGAAGUGUCAAAGUUUCAUGCCUCAUGCAAUAUGCUGGAUAUUUCCUCGAAAUGUCCUCCCACACACUGAGCUUGCACCUAGUUCUGUUCCAAGCCCUUCGCCUAGCAUGGAGAAACUUAAGGAUUCCGAUGGCAAACGACAAUGGCACACUUCUUCUCGAUCUCUGCAAUCAGAAAACAUCUACGAAGUAUGCUCCCCACCGUCGCCAGAUUCUCUCUACGAAGAAGUGGGACCUGGUCCUAGAUCGGAAUGUUCUCCUUAUGGUGUGGUCAUGCUGGAAAAUUCGUAUAAUGCUGCCAACAGGAAUGGGAAAGGAGGCUUCCCAUCUCAAUUAAAUCAAGAUUGCGCAUCAAAUGCAAGAUUUCACUCUUCGAUGAUGCGUAACAUCCAGCUUCCCAAUUCACGUUUUUCGACGUUUGGAGGCAGUGCUCAUGGCUUCAUCAACCCCGUAGUUCAAGAUGCUAAUAUCUUUGGAUCCCAAACCUUGCGAUCAAGUGUACAAGCUAGGAAUGCAGUAAAUGCAAAUGGUUUUGUUCAAAGGCGUGAAUUGCCACCGGUUCCUGGUGACAUCAGUUAUUAGGAGUGGUAACUUUAAAGUGUUAUCACUUUACUUGUUUCAAUUAUGAACUUUUAGGUAAACUCCUCAUUUUUAUGUAUUUAUUUAUUUAGGAAGGAUUUAUUUUCCUAUUUUUUUAGGCAUUUAUACUUAAGAUUAUUUUUACUGCAUUUAUUUUUAAGUUUACUAAGUUUUUUUUUUUAAUGUUUUACAAAUUGUUAUUACAAAUAUUGUUGUUGCCAAUUUUUCGACCAUACUUUUUGUGUUAACUGACCUAUGCAUUUUUAUUACAAUGUAUUUAAAAUAUGCCUUUUCGCUUAUUCAACACUAUGCA